AACAACAACAACAGCGGAAGAAGCUCAUGAUAGCAGCGACUGACUGUUAUACUGUAUGCACAAACAGCUUCUGUCUAUGUUUAUAUGAUUAAGUUUACUAUCGAGACAUCUAAGUGUUUAGCAAGUGGUUUAGUCAUCUGUGCUUUGGCGUAUUUAUUUUUCAUUAUGAGUUGUUUGCUGAUGAGAGAAAGCCCUAUGAUAAUAGCGCUUAAUAAGGAGAAGACAGUGUAUGACGGGUUCAUCACAGUGCUGGAAAAAGACUUCAGGAUAAGAAUAUCUCUACCCCCUGAUCAUCAGAUGAAACAGGCAAAAUUACAUUGUUGCUGGCAAAUGAAACGGCUACUUCAUGGUUAUCAACAUAUUGUGAAGCAGAGAUUACAGCAUUCAACUAAUUUGACGGCUUUUAUUCUGGAACUCAGAACAGUAUUGGAAGUGGCGUUGAAGAGUCAACCAGGAUGUCAGUCCUUCUCACCACCUCAGUAUUAUUCCCAGCUGAUAACCGAGAUGGAGAUCUUAGGAUGGGAUAAGCUGCUCUUCAUCGAUGCAGAGUUUCGCACACUCAAAAUGAAGGCAGAGGACUCUGCAGGUCGUCAGCACGUUAUUACAAUCAAGCUCAAGUCUAAGUAUCCAGCUGAGGCCCCAGAGUUUUCUGCCGACCUUCCUGUUCCAUUGGUCAUCACGUGGACCUCUCAGAGCACCUUGGCCGUUGUCCACAGUCAGUUCCUGAUAAACGUUGAGGCCCUGUCCGAGUUCUGGUCGGUUCUGGAUGAGAUAGAUGAGCAGACGUGGGUGUUGGAACCAGAAAAACCCACAAAAGCAGACUCCAUGAGAAGGAUCGCCAUCGGAAACAAUGUCUCAAUAAAGGUACAAAUUGACCCCAGACACCCCAAAAUGCUGCCGGAGUGCUGUUUGCUGGGGGCUGAGCACGUUGUUACUCCUUUACGGAAUAAAUUGAAUGCCAAUAUGCAUUUAUGGAACCCUGACUGCAGUGUCCUACAGAAUAUGAAGGAUGUGUUGGAGAUAGAAUUUCCAUCGCCUACCACCCACGAAAAAUCUAGUUUCAGUGUUGAAUGCGGCAUCUGCUACUCUUAUCGACUUGAGUCGGAUAUUCCAGAUCAGGUCUGCAAUGAUCCGCGCUGUGGCCAGCCUUUCCAUCAAGUGUGUCUUUAUGAGUGGCUGAGAGGUCUGCCCACCAGUCGCCAAAGCUUCAAUAUUGUGUUUGGAGAAUGUCCUUACUGCAGCAAGCCCAUCACAGUGAAAACGGUCACUGGAAACACUUAACAACAGUCUGUUCAUUCAGAGUGGUCAUAUGGCGUUACGUCUCCAGUAAGGAUAAU